CCUCCUCGUGGACCUAACACGUUCGAAUUAGUCGUCUCGUUAACCAGACUCGUGGCGCAACGAAGAGCCCGGCGCGUACGCGUCGCUUGACCGAUUUGCCGUAAAGCGACACGAAGUCACGAGCGCCCGAAAACCGUGACUUGCAGUUCCGACCGCGCGUUUGGUCUUCGACGUCUUUCCGAGAGCGCGGAAUAAUCGAGGAAUUUUACGAACAUAUAAAAUCGAUUGUAAAAUCAAGUGGAAGAUCAAUGCUUCUCGAUAUCGCCGAUAUACGACAAUGGAUUGUCAUACGACCAUGCCGGUCAACGACCAUGAACGUCCUUGAGUAGGUCAGUCGUGUUGAUUACAGUCGACCUCUGGAUGAAUUAAGUCAUAUACCUGCGCCGACAUUUCCGACCUUCCGGGGGCGUUAAUUCGAAGUAGAGUUCCCACGUUUAUCGCAAGUGCCGGUUAAAGGGAACAACGAACUGAAACGAGAUUUCUAACAUGCGUUCCCAGGUGGAAGAUAUUGUCGACGACUCUUGGAAUAAUUAACUUCGAGCUCGUUCAUUACCGUGAAUGUCGGGCUGAAUGAAGUUCCGGUUGGAAUCCCGAGGAAGAGCUCGCCUGGAAUUCGUCGUUCCGACGAAGUGACACGCCGCUCACGUGCUCGCGCGCGAGGUGGUGGGGAAUCUAUCGUGAUUGCUCGCGAUCGAGCAGCGCGAUCGUUUUCUUCAGUGCCGUGCCGAUCGAUCAGACAGGUGGAUCGAGGUGGAUCGUGUGCGCGGGGCGUGCCGUACGAUCGGUCAGAAAACUGUUGCCGGCCGGUAGUUCGUUCGUUCGUUCGUUAAUCGGAGUGAGAGAACAUUUCGAGGGGUGUACGUGUUCCUCGCGUGAGAAAGAGACGUGCAUUGAGGUCCAUUUGGAGCGAAAGAGAAAGAAGGAUACAGACGACAUUGAGAGACGAGGAAAGGAGAACGCACGUCGAAGAGCAUCGAUAGUAGGGGGAUAGUGGACUUUUGCGUCCGUGGGUUUGUUAAAGGGCUCCGUCACGGCUGAACGGCCGCGUACCUUGCGCCGCUUGCGGAACGUCUACGGUCAGACCGCAUGCGGGAUGGGAACCGGCGGCGACGGCGGGGGCGGAGAUCGUCUCGAGGACGGCGAGGUCGCCUUACGGCUUACCGGCGACCGGGAUCGCGACAGGGACGAGAAGUCUCUCAGCAUAAUGAGUCCCUUCGACGAGCAGGAGGAAUGGGCGAAGAUCUCGGAGAUCAUGGCGUCAUUCGGAACUGGUCUUGUACGAGAGUCGGUGUUCGUCAGCGAGCUCGAGAAAGAAUUCCAAACGAGGCUAGGUUUAAGUUCGGACAGUAGCAGUCCCGUUGUUUCUACAACUGUGGGCCAAUGGCUGUCCAGCUUAGGUUUCGCGGAUUACGAGUCUCUCUUUGUUAACUACGGCUACGACGAUCUCGAGUUCAUAAACGGGGUGUUGGACGAGUCGGAUUUGUGCGACAUGGAGAUCAACAGCGAACAGGAGCGGGCUGUGAUCAUGGACGCGGUCGGUUUGUUGAAUAAACGAGUGGAAAAGCGUAGCGGCCACGGACAAUCGGUGGAGGAGUGGCUGAAGAGCAUUCACAUGGAAAAUUAUGCGGAGACAUUCAGGAAGCACCUGUACACCGACAUGGAUCGGGUUAGACGGAUCUGGGAGGUCGAGCUGGCGGCAGUCCUCGAGAUCCAGAAGCCGGCGCAUCGCAAACGCAUUCUCGCGUCCGUGAGCGGCCCGAACAGUGCACGCGCGCAAACUCGAAACGGCACCGGAGCGAACUUGGAAGAUCUGAAUAAGGAUCUCAACACACUGAAGACGAACAUACAGCAGCUGAAGGAGGAGAUACGGGAGAAAUUACCGGAAGCAACGGCGGAGGGUAAUGGAGGCACGUCGAUAACCGGUGGCACGAAUUCGGCGGCCACGGGCACAUUAAGGCAUCGCAAAAACAGGCCGGCGCCCCAGCCACCCCAGCGACCCAGUUCGCAUAAUGGGGCGAUUUCGGCGCCGGAACAACUCGAGAUCAGGGCUCCGUCCGAGCUGCUUUUUGGAGUGCCCUCCACCCUCAAGACGCAAUGGAGGCAUCAGCCGAAGGCUCUAGUCACCGGCAACGUCACGUACGUCGCUAACUAUCUGGGCUCCACCGUCGUCAAGGAAUUACGCGGCACCGAGUCGACGAAAAAGUCGAUACAGAAGCUGAAGAAGACCUUUCGAGAACCUAGAAUCACCCCUGACAUUAUACUGGCGAUCUCUUAUCGUGGCGUUCGUUUUCUCAACACGUUAAACAAUGAGCCAAUUUGCGAGCACGAGAUCCGUAACAUUCAUUGCGCCUGCCAAGAUGCUGACGAUCUUACUCACUUCGCGUAUAUCACGAAGGACCACGCCAGUCGCACGCACUUUUGUCAUGUAUUUUGCGUGCCAACGAUGGAUCAGGCGACGGAGGUGAUUCUGACUCUGGGUCAGGCUUUCGAGGUAGCUUAUCAGAUGGCAUUGAAGGACAAGCUCGGUGGACACGCUAUUCGGUCCCAAUCCGCCAAUCAAAUAGCAACGCUCGCUGGAUCGUCAAAGUCAACGACGCCCGCCAAAAUGUCCGUGUCACCCGAUUCCGCGUCCGAUCCCACCGGCCGAGACGCGGAUCAUACCGUGACUCUCAAUUCCACGUGCGCGAAUCCCAAGAUGAAAUCGAGAUCGAAGUCCGUUCCCAAUCCAAAUCUCCAUACCGUUAAUCCAAAUCCGACGCAGGAUAGUAACUCCAAUUCCAGUCCUAGCUCGACGACGACCACCGCGAACUGCAAUCCCAGCUCGAAUACCGCCUCGAGCCCCAGCGCGAACUCGAUCACCAGCUCUAACUUGAACAGCACCACUAAUCAGACCACUAAGCCCCUGGUCACCCACGGCCGUUCUCAUUCCGUCAACGACAUCAAGGUAAACGGUAAUCAAUUGAAGUUAGCACCAGCGCCGGUGGACGAUAUCGGUAUCGGGGUAAAGGACAUGAAGCCCGGUUCCAGAGCUCCGAUCGCGCUCUCCGAGGAACUGUAAGCUAUGUAUUUCGAGCCGAAAUGCAUGAUGAUAUCGCGGUACGCGAUCGCGUAGCGUUCGAUUUGACCGAAGUGCGUCGCCUUUGCGCCGACAUGAAUGACAGAGAUCUCCACCAGCACCAUAGAAAUGACUGUCUGGUAACGAUUUUCCAAUCUUUCAAUUUAGAAACAUAUUUAAUGGCAUUUACAGUGAACGUGGGACGGCAAUAUUUCGUUGUUACUCGCGAAGUUUGCAUAAAGAGUUAAGCAAAGCAUCAUAUUAUAUAGACAUGCGUCUCUUGCGAUUUUGAGAUUAAUACCAAUUACAAAAUGCGAAUAUUCUCUCGACCGAUUAGCGGUAUUAAUCGGGAUUACGCGAUUACUAUACCUAACUAAUAUAGUUCCUUGACGCGUAAGAAGGAACAAAUGUCUUUUAGGUCUUUUUAUGCGACUGCAUGGAUUUGUCUCUUCGCCAAUGGCGUACGUAUUUUCGAUGAGGGGCUCACUCGUAUAUAUACAUUCACCGCCGCCGGAAGGCAGGAGGCUUUUAUAGGAUUCAGCUAUUAUGCACGGAAGGAACGAUUUUGCUGAAGUCUCUAAAAAUUUGGGUGAAUAAAUAAAGAUCUGAAAAUAAUUUUUUUGGACCAUCAAAAUAAUUAUGUAGGAAAUUCAAGUAUGAUGAGCACACAAUGCUGCAAAAAAUUUUGCAGCAUAACAUUUUAACGAUCAAUUUAAACGUUCUACAUAAUUAUUUUGAUAGUAAUUAUUUUCAGAGUGUAUCUGGCUAAUUUUUAGAUACUUCAAAACCGUUCUUUCCAUGUGAGAUAACGAAUGAUAUAUAUAUUUGGCCUUGAGAACGACAGAGGUAAGUAAGAGAACGUCGUUCCUCGCCACCUUCAGAUUGACACUUGACUGAUUUUACAAUGAUGACGCUGUGAUCUUGAUCUUGAAUGCCGUGCAAGGUGUGCCAAGAUGAUUGGCCAAGAUGAUUCAUCGAGACAAGUAAGCGAUCGUUCACUGCGGGCACUUCCGGCGGAACAAUGAAACGCAUUAGAUCUUUCUUCCUUAGGACGCGUCGUUAAAGUAAGCAGUAUUAUUACGUCAUUAACGAUAAUAGGAGUGAGCGUAAAUAUGCUCGCCGCGAUAUUAUUUAGCGAGACGUAAAAUCGCUAUACGAUAACGUUGGAUGUGCAAUUUUUAAUGUGCAGCUUUAAUCUGUCGCGGAUAGGCUCGGCGGUUUCGAUUUUCGCUUGACGUACCUACGUCGGGCGUUUAUUUGUCUUGAAAAUGCUAUUUGUGGCAUCGAACGCGUUGACAUUCGCCAUCGGAUCACGGGAAAGGAAAGGACGCGAAGGAAAAGGUGCGACGCGCGCUAAUAAGCGCACCAAUGCUCAAUAUCGAUCCCUCGUUAAACGUUAACGGCGACCAACGAAUCCGUUCCCCUUUUUCCUCACCCCCCGUGCUCUCUUCGUGAUUUCUCAUUCCCCCGUUCCCAAGUUCCGAUUUCGAGUUGCCACCGUUUCCUCGACGAUUUUAUUCUCCAAGACUGAGAGUCCUUAUCUCGUUUUAUAUUUCGCGAUUUUAGUAUAAUGUAUAAUAUAGAAGGAAAAAAAACUAGA